UUGCCUGAAAACUUUCUGGACAAUGUCAGUCCGCAGCAGAGCACACAGACGUUAGGAACGUUACUGAACGAUCAUGCCAACAGCCCUCAACUUGCGCCUUUGGCUCCCAUGAGUAUAGGAUCGGAUCAGAGUGGACCUUACAUGAUGUCCAUUGGAAGUCAGUACCAGGAUCAAAUACGACAUCCGGCUCUUGAAAAGUCAAGACUUGACAGCUUCGGUACCGGACCUGCUGGUCUGUUGUCCCCUCUUCAUUUGGAUAGUCACACUCGCAGACAUGGUGGUAAUCCAGAAUUUGCACGCCAUGUCUACAUCAAAGAGGAGACGGAUCCGCUUGACACUGCAUCCCAUCACUUACUCAUGCAGCAGCAGAUUCCGCUUUCGACUCAACAGCAACAACAGCAGCAAGAGCUGGAGCGAAUCGCACAGGCAGAAACACCACCAGCCGUGAGCAAUGUUGAGUUGGCUUCGACAAUGAUUGCCAGCUUGAUCGGAGAA